AUUCAUGCCUUUUUUCAGCGCAGCCAGAUGUCCCAAAAUCCCCGGAAGAAUGCGUCAUUUCCUUGUUCUGCAACUGACGUGUCUAAAGCAAAUCAGUAGUUGCGGUGGUGUAAGGACUUGGAGGAAAAUCAGACCAGUCUCAUACUGUAUAUCUGCUACGUGGUGGCAAGAUGCUGGAUUUCUUCACGAUCUUCAGUAAGGGAGGCAUAGUGUUGUGGUGUUUUCAGGGAACUGGUGUUACCGAAUCCUUCACUGGGCCCGUGAACGCACUGAUCCGCUCAGUAAUCCUGCAGGAACGCAGUGGAAACAAUUCCUUUACUCAUGAUGCCCUAAGUCUUAAGUACAAGUUGGACAAUGAGUUCGAGUUGGUUUUUGUGGUGGGUUUUCAAAAAAUUCUGACGCUGACAUAUGUGGACAAGCUCAUAGAUGACGUACAGCUUAAAUUUAGGGAUCGCUACAAGAAUGAGCUGGAACAAAAGGGGGCUCUCAAGUUUUUGAACAACAACUUUCAGUUUGAGGAUGACUUCAAGAUGCUUCUCCGUGAGGCGGAAGAGGGCAGCAAAUCUCGAGGCCCUGUUUCCAUGCGGGCUUUCAAGGAGUCCCAGAAAUCCCAGAAAACUGUGAAGUCUAUGAUUGAGACGAAGGGAGGUGACAAGGCCAAGGAACAGGGUAGCAAGAAGAAUAAGAAUUCCAAAAAAGAGGCUCCUGCAGCUGAGGUGGGGAAAGGGGAACAAGUCAAGGCACCUGCCGGUGGCCAGAACGCUGUGGAGAACGGCAACCAGGGCUUGACCAACGAAGAGAUCAUGCAGAAGAACAGAGAGCAGUUCUUCCGGAAGCGCAUGGGGGCUCCUGUGGAGAAGCCCAGCAAGUCUCCCAAGCCCCAGAAGCCCAAGGGGAAGGAGAAUCGUGUGUGGGUGUUGGGAGGCAGCAGCACCAAGGAACUGGACUACAGUGACAGACAGAGCAAUGGGAACGACCGCAACGAUGUCCACGAAGUGGACCUGGGCAUGCAGCUGAGGCCAAUGUCAGGAGACCUGCUUCCAGUAGACAACGAAUCCAGUGAGGGAGGAGACGAGGAGAUGGAGAUGGAGGAGGAAGAAGAGGAGGAGAUGGUGGCUGUUGCUGACGCCAGUAAAAAAAGCUCCAAAAAGGGGGGUGGUUUUGGGGGGAUGUUUGGGAUGCUCAAGGGCCUGGUGGGCUCCAAGAGCCUGAGCUGCGAGGACAUGGAGCCCGUUCUGGACAAGAUGAAGGACCACCUCAUCGCGAAGAAUGUAGCAGCUGAAAUUGCCUCCCAGCUCUGUGACUCUGUCGCCAAGAAGCUGGAGGGCAAAGUCAUGGGCACUUUCACCACUGUGGCCUCCACUGUAAAGCAGGCUUUGCAGGACUCUCUGGUCCACAUCCUGCAGCCCAAGCGGCGCGUGGACAUCCUCCGAGACGUCCUGGAGGCCCGCAGCCAGCGCCGGCCCUUCGUCAUCACCUUCUGCGGGGUCAAUGGGGUCGGCAAGUCCACCAACCUGGCCAAGAUCUCCUUCUGGCUGAUCGAAAACGGCUACACUGUACUGAUUGCGGCGUGUGACACGUUCCGCGCCGGGGCAGUGGAACAACUGAGGACCCACCAGCGGCGCCUCAGCUCCCUGCACCCCCCCCAGGAGCACGGGGGCCGCCCCGUGGUGCAGCUGUACGAGAAGGGCUACGGCAAGGACGCGGCAGGCAUUGCCAUGGAGGCUAUUGCCUAUGCUCGUAACCAGGUCUUUGACGUGGUACUGGUGGACACCGCUGGCCGCAUGCAGGAUAACGGCCCGCUGAUGACAGCCCUUGCCAAGCUGAUUGCCGUCAACAUGCCUGAUCUGGUGCUGUUCGUGGGCGAGGCCCUAGUGGGCAACGAGGCUGUAGACCAGCUGGUGAAGUUUAACCAGGCUCUGGCUGAUCACUCCAUGUCUGACAAACCGCGACUCAUAGACGGGAUCGUUCUUACAAAGUUUGACACCAUCGAUGAUAAGGUUGGUGCUGCCAUCUCCAUGACAUACAUCACAGGCCAGCCCAUCGUGUUCGUGGGCACUGGACAAACCUACAACGACCUGCGCAGCCUCAAUGCCCGUGCUGUGGUCAGUGCCCUCAUGAAGGCCUGAGAUAUACAGGGUUACUGUCGUCUGCUGCCAUGACAAACGCAAAACCACACUUUCAAAGUUUGAUGGUCCUGCUAAACUUCGGCUCAUCCUAACCAACCCUUUCCUCGAGAUCAUAGCAAAGGCUACUUACACACAGGCUUCCUCCCUCCCUACCACCAUCCAGGAAACGUGGACAAAUGAUGACUUUCAAGCUCAACUGGAAAGAAGCGAGAAAUAGUGCUACAAGGAAUUUAUAACCCGUUGGGCCAAAUCAAACAUGUACCUCAAAUUGUGCUUAAUCUUUUAAAUUACGACAAAAUCUUGUGACGUCUUAUAAAGCUGACAACUUUCCCAGAUCAACAGCCAAUCAAAGCGAGACUAGAGUAUAUUAUUCCUUCUCAGUGUACUGGAUCUAAAUUGGCUUUUCUUUUUGUCAGAUGACUCAUUUUUUCAAUGAAACAAGGUCACGGGUGGAAGACUGUCUGGUUGUGACAGUCUCCUCAUCCCAGUGAAACGCUUAGUGACCAUAGUGCCUAACCCUUGUCAGUGUCCCCCCAAAAACAUUGUCACUGCAGUCACCACAUCAGCAGGUCUGACCUUCACCCGGUAUCUCUGUCUGUCUCUCACUCAUGGGAUGGACUCUUCAAGAAAUUAAACAAUAAAAUCUUGGGCGUAAGAACGUGAUGUGCUUUUUAAAUUGUAUUUAUGGUCGUUCAACUCAUUACCCACACUUGAAUCUUAAGGCCUAAUAAAUCAUAGACGUUAAGCUCCUGUCUUUAUGAGGAAGAAGUCACCUAUAUAAGUUCACCGCAGCACUGAUUCGUUUUAAUAUGAAAAAGUACUCAGUUCUUCUGCAGUUUUAUUGGAGAUCAAGAACCUCCAUUUGUGGUGGCAGCAGGUAAACGGGGACAAAAAAAUGUAAAUGUAUGUUUUUAACAGGCCCCACAGAAGUUUCCAUGGGCUACACUUUGUAUGUGUGGACUGACUGCUGGAGCACUGUAGGCCUAUAAUUUAUUCCCCCCCCCUUUGUAAAUUUGAGAAUAUAUGUCUUAAAUUUCUCCAUACCAUGUAUGUUGCAGUGGUGCAAAGAAAGAACUGUCAUGAUUUGAGAAUGUAAAAUAUUUCUAAAUAAAAGCUACGAUAGCCUGUAAAGUA